AUGGCGGCGUCUCCUCCCAGCGGGAAGGGCUGGGGAGCCCGCGAAAAGUUCGCCGGCGUGGCGACGGCGGAGAAGAGUGGUGAUCCCGAAGGGGACACCAAGCUGACCCUCACAGCCUUGGUGGGGCAGCUGCAGCGAGAUGAUCUCGAAGGAGACAUCAGCCCGAAGAGCGUGCAGAGCUCAGACAGUGAGCCUGCACCCCUGGACGAGGAGAUUGCUGAGCCGCAACUCCAGCUCGUGGAUCCCUUAGAGGACCACGAAAACGUCUGGGUGAUGCUGGACGAGGGCUGCAACCAGACAUGCCACGGGACGAAAUGGAGGGCUCACUCCUCAAAGGUCCUGGCAAAGUUUGGGUUGCAGUUCACCAGCGUGCGCUCGAGCGGCACGAGCUUCAAGGGCAUUGGAGCGGCCCGAGCGACGGGCAAGUUCGCAAUGCCGUUCGCCCUCCGCAUCAUGCCGGAGAGCGGAGGCCUUCGCCGGAGCACCCGUCUGCAGGGAGAGCUCUCCAGCGUGGAGCUGGACUCUCCGGACGUGCUCUGCCUCCUGUCCUUGCAGGAUCAGGUUCAGCUUGGCCUGAUCAAGGACCUGAGGCGCGGCGAGUGCCGAAUCUCGGGCUACGCCGGGACACUGCAGUUGGCGAGGCACUCGAAGACCGGCCUCCUCCUCCUGUGCGUGAGCCAGUUUGGGGCGAACGUUACAGAGAGGCACAGAAAGUUUGCAGUGAAUCCGGAGGUGAUCCCUAAGAGGACAUCUAAGAAGGAGAAGAACACUUUCUCGAUCCCUUUGAGGGACGGGAUGGCACGCAAGAAAGAAACCUUGAUCCCUUCAGGGGACAAGGACAGCACGGCGUAUAUGCUGUCCGAGAUGGUGAAGGAGACAGAAGGGCAGCGGAAGAACGUUUUGGUGGUCACGUUGGGCUUGGAGAAGCUAGAGACCUGCCAACGUGGGCGCGGCACCUAUCGUGGACUCACGGAACUUAUCCGUGGUAUGCGAAAAGGGCAGUCGCACGAGUUCUCGCUGAACAACGAGGCCCACGAGGACACGCUUCUGGAAAGCCUGCGCCAGAACUUUGAGUCCUUCCGGGACUACGCCACGGAGCAGAUCCUUUUUCUGGACUGCCGGCACAUGAACGACCCGGGCAAGGACAAGUCCCUCAGGGACCACUUAGGCACGUACCCCAAGAACGUGCAAGCCAUGGUUUUGGACCCAAAGACGAACGGAAAAUGGGUGGCGUUCAUGAAGGAGGUCGUGCCGGCCGUGCACAAGCUCAUCCAGGAGAACGAGCAGUGCGUGAUCUUUAUGUUUUGCAAAUCGGGAAGACACAGGUCUGUCUCGAAUGCAAAGAUCAUGUACGAUCUCAUAAAGGAGACGUACGAAGUGGAGGCGAGUCUACUUCACCUUUGCGACGGCUACAACUGGCGAUAUCUAUGCGGUGGUUGCGCGGAGUGCAACUGGGAGUCCAAGGAGGCUAAAAGCACCGCAGAGAAGGUGAUGGACUUCGCGAGGGAGCGCUGGUUCGAGUUCGUGCCCAAGGUGUGGGUGCGAAAGAACGACCAGCGCCGCUUAGGCGACGACGGCGUCGUGGUGGAAGAGCCGAUCCCUUCGGGGACAGCUCAGGCAGAAGGCGCGGGAUCAAGCACUGACCCGCCUGCCGAGCAGGAGGCCGCCCAGGACGAGCAGCAGGACGAGCAGCUCGAAGGCGAGGCCCACGACGAGGUCGUUCUUUCGCACCCACACCUUGGGCACGAACUCGAACCAACGCUCUCUUGCGAAGUCCAUCACCUUCUCUGCGGUGCUUUGAGCCUCCUUGGACUCCCAGUUGCACUCCGCGCAACCACCGCAUAG